AUGGCUAGAGGUGACCCCAGGAAACCAAAGGGCAAGAUAUCUGCUUAUGCCUUCUUUGUGCAGACGUGCAGAGAAGAACGCAAGAAGAAAAGCCCAGAGGUCCCUGUCAAUUUAGCAGAAUUUUCCAAGAAAUGCUCUGAAAGGUGGAACACAAUGUCCGGGAAAGAGAAAUCCAAAUUUGAUGAAAUGGCAAAGGUGGAUAAAGUGCGCUAUGAUCGGGAAAUGAAGGAUUAUGGACCAGCUAAGGGAGGCAAGAAAAAGAAGGAUCCUAAUGCCCCCAAAAGGCCACCAUCUGGCUUCUUCCUGUUCUGCUCAGAAUUCUGCCCCAAGAUCAGAUCCACAAACCCUGGCAUCUCUAUUGGAGACAUGGCAAAAAAGCUGGGUCAAAUGUGGAAUAACCUAAAUGACAGCAAAAAGCAGCCUUACAUCACUAAGGCGGCAAAGCUGAAGGAGAAGUAUGAGAAAGAUGUUGCCCACUAUAAGUCGAAAGGAAAGUUUGAUGGUGCAAAGGGUCCCCCUAAAGUUGCCCGGAAAAAAGUGGAAGAGGAAGAUGAAGAAGACAGGGGGAGGGGGAGGGGGAGGGAAACUAUUUGGACUCAAGCAGCUCUGGAGUCUCCAGAGGGUGCUCAAGAAGGAAACUAUAGCCUUUGGGCUCCUCAGUGCCUCUCUGUUCCAGACGCAAAGCCGGCGCCCUGGGCGUCCCUGCUCCGGCCGCUAGAGGGCGGUGCGCUGCUCGCUCCCCUCCCUCCGCCUCCCGCGUCGCCUCCGCGCCCCUGGCCGCCCAGGGAAGGGGGCAGAGACGCCUUGUGGGCAGAUACACCCACGUCCGGAAGAGCUGAGGGAGGAAGACACUUGAAAAGAAGCAGGUACCGUGAAGGGCACAGGGCGCUCGCCCGGGCUUCCUGCUUCCUGGUCGCUCGCGGUCGCCUCCCCUCGAGCAGCCCCCGCACCCAGUACUCCGUCGCGCCGGAGCCCCUCGCAGCCUCACCCUUUCGCACACUGCGCGCCUUCCCGGUGUCGGCGGACUGGCUUCCCUCCGGCCUCCGCCAGGCCUCCGCCCGGCGAGGUGACCCGCCCCAGGGUCCCCGGCGCGAGGACGAGGCGGGCCGUGCACCCGAGCUGCUUCCGCAGAGCCGUCUGCGGGGGGCCCGGGCGGGGACCACGGAGCCCCGUGCACCAGCGCCCCCGGCGCCACCGCGGGACACGGAGGAAACAGGAACAGCUGGUUUUGUGGGCAGGCCCCGGGCUGGAACUAGAGCCAGGGUGCUGACGGCGGGGGACAGGGAAGGCGAUCACAACGAAGACCCAGAGGAAACAAAAGGCAAGCCAAUGUGAGACCUUUGCCACCUUCCCGUUCCAGGACGGUGGACACUGUCUUCUCACAAGAGGUUUGAAAGCUGUGAUGUCCUGUCUUCCUCCCCUCUCACGGAAUGAAAAGUCAUUUUUGCCAGAAUAUUAUACCUGCAAACUCUCAAGGGAGGAGGCUGCAGCCCACCCCUCAGAGAUUUUUGCCUACAGAAAGCUUUUUUUUUUCAUCCUAGAGACAGACUUUUAUAGCCUCUCCAACUCCCCUUGAAUUUUUAAGAGAGAGAAAGAAAAGCCCAAAAGGGAAAGAUAAUGGUCAUGUAUGCCUUGGAAAGAUAAAUGCGUGUUUUAGUUUUGUUUUUAAAUGAGUUUUCCUUUUCUGAAGAAUUUCUUUCAAAAAAUUAGUGGGAAUUGAGGUGAGGUAUUAUGUGUUUUAUAUUUUUAUAUCCACUUUUUAGUACAUUUUAAUAUAAUGUCUUGAGUCCCGUUUGAGUUUAUGACCCAGGUCAAGCUGCCCCGUUUCAGGUUCCACAUUGGUAAAAAUUAAAUUGUAGCAUCCACUCAUGUCACAAACAUGUAAGUUGGGGAGGUAACCUGCUAUCAGGCCAUAUUUACAGAAUAGCUAAGACUUCUCAAAGUUUGUCAAUAUCUAAGUGUCUUUUGGAUACUUCCCGAUACUACCUGUGAGAAUCUAUUCAUUUUUUCUUUUAAUUAGUUCUUUAUUUUACUGAAAAAAAAAAUAACUUGAAUGAAGAGAGCCAAAGUAUAUGCUGAUGUGAGUAUGAGUCAGGGAACCUGCUCUUUUUCCUGAAGAAUUAUUUCACUUAAGAAGACAUUCAGAUAAUUUGACUAUUUGCUGACAUUUUGAAUGUGCCAUAGAUUCUUAUGAAUUGGAUCCUUGAAGACUUACGCUUCAGGAUGGCAUGCUGGGCGCACAAGUUCACUUCCCCCUUGCAAAGUCACAUGACAUUUACAGUAAAGAAAUAAGGCAGAAAUAAAGUCAUGACACUACUAUGACCAGAAGGAAGGCCAUCUGGGAGAAAUAUACUUUUGUGAAGUUCUUGGCAAGAAGAAUGAGGACAGGACCAUAGUGCUGGAUAAACCAGAGCAAAGGAAGCUGAGGCCCAGAAUGUGCUUGGAAGAAGGCUGCAGCACAGGUGGGAGCCAUUCUUUAUGUCAAAGUCCUAGGAUACCCUAAACUUGUAGAUAGCAAGAAACCAGAGCAGAAGCAGGAUGCAGAGCAGUAAUCAGUGUAAUUAAUAAAAGGAGUAUUUAUGAAAUACCUAGUGCAGGUAGCCCCUCCCAUCUCAUUCCUAUCCCCUUGCAUCAAAGCAAUUAGAGGCUAGAAAAUUUACACUGGAGAACUGCUUUCUUCCUGCUCUGCACCCACAUGCCCUAAAGGAAAGCAAGUUCCCCUGGCAGCGUUCACAGUCAGACUCUCCAGCCCUGAGUCAGUAGAGAAGCUUCUAAGAGUACACAACAGCAGGGAAAACCCAUGACACUGAUCUAUAGGAUUGAGCACUAACCACUUGAAGAAAUCCACUGUCAAGAUGAGAGAUUUGAGAAUGGGCCCAAGAGAACUUUGUGAGUUGAUGAAACUAUUCUCUAUCUUGAGUGUGACUGUAGUAAUGUGCCUGUAUGCAUUUAUCAAAACUCAUCAAACUGAACACCUUAAGCAGAUGAAUUUUACUCUCUAUAAAUUAUGCCUCAAUAAACCUGAGCUUCAAAAAAGAAGCACAAGCCAUGAAAGGAAAGAAAGCUGAAGUUGUGACAUCUGACUUGGUUUGCAGCAGUGCUAGGGAGUUUGUCCGCUUUUCUAACAGCACAGAAGAGUGACAAACAGAAAGACUGGCUCCAUCUUAACAAAGGCAUUGAGCUAACCUGACUGACUCAGAAACAAGAGAAAGAAAGUCCCAGUGUAAACCAAGUACACAACAGGCACCAGGCGUUCUGAAGUUCUUUACUUAAUUCACAACACAGUGGAUAUGUCUGCCUAAGGAGUUGCCUCUUGUCUCUCUAACUAGGACAUUUGGGAGUGUCUUACAUCAGCCUAGCAUACCUCAAUGGGUGCUCAAUAAAUGUAAACUAAAUGUCAUGCAAAACAAAAAACAAAAGAGGCUUUUUUUUGGACACAGGGUGUCAUUCUGUUGCUUUGGCUGGAGUGCAGUGGC